AUGAGAGAACAGCACUGGUGUGGGAUGACCCCUAAAAUAGGCACUGUGUUGUCAGGGGCCUUUACCAUCAUUUCCACCGACAUGUACCUCAUCUUUGAAGAAAAGUACAUAAAGAGUAGCAAUUGCCCUGAGGUGGAACUACGGAACCAGGGUAUAAAUAAUAUUAUAAGUCAGUAUUUCAGAUGCUGGACUUUCGAGAUUGCCUUCUUUAUGUCUUUGGCCACCAUUAUCAUCAGCUUCCUCUUACUGUACUCAGUGUAUGCCCAGAUAUUCAGGGGCAUGAUGAUCUACAUCAUCUGGAUUUUUUUAUAUGAAUCUGUAAGCAUUAUAAUACAAGUUCUCACCAACAGUAACUCAGCCUUGGAAGCGGUCAGAGUGAUACGCUGGUUUGGCUUGGUGUCCCGUAUAUUCAUGCAUUGCUUCUGGAUGUUCUAUGUCAUCACUUACAUGCAAAUUAUCUACAAAAGUAAAAGCCAAGGCAAUAUACUUUACAACCGACGUUUUUCUGUGGGUGUCAGAGAGUUCCCACGGCGUAAAUCAAAGUCAUUCAGCAUUACCAACACUAUAAAUAAUGUCAGAUCUUUCCACUGA